UAAGAUAUUAAGUUCAAUCCUUUUGUUUAAUUUUAUUUUUCUGGUUCUCCUCACUUACAAAAAAAAAAAAAAAAAAAAAAAUUCAUGGCGUCUGUGACUUUCCUUCACCUUCACGACCCAGAAGACGACCUCGUUCGGGACAACCAUCAUCACCACCACCACGAACAAACCCUCACCCUUGAUUCCCUCCCUUAUUGGUCUCGUGAUUUCCACUUCUUCUCUUCCCCCGACGCCGAUCUCCCUCACCCAGACGAGGACGUUUCGCUCCCCGAUUCCCUCAUUGUCAACGGCCCCGAUCUGUUCGACCGCCGCGAGAACCAAGUUAACUUCGUCAUCGAUCUCUUCCACCAACGCGUCGAACAAUCUCAGGUUAGUUCCGGUAAUACCCCCAAUAACAAUUCCAAUUCUGGUAACGGAAAUGGUAAUAAUACUAGCAAUAAUGAUGCUGCUGAUUUGGUUUCUGAUGCUUUGAGCGAAUCCGGUUUCGGUGUUAUUGAGGGAAAUCAUGAGCUGGAUUUAGGGUUGGCGUUAGGGUUUGAUUCCAUGGAUACUCAUUCGAGUGAUGUUGAGAUUGAUAUUGGUGGCGGUGAAUAUGAGGACGACCAUUUCUUUGUGGAAAGGAGGGUUUCAGGGUUGAGUGCUAGUGAGGCCGCUUCUAAUUUUAGUAGCGUUGACAGGUUUGGGGAUAGCAUGCGGAUUAUUGGGUUUAGAUCAGAUUCGGAGGAUGAUGAUGAGAAUGAGAAUGAUAACCGGACGCUCACAAUUGAUUUGAAUUCCGGGGAUGAUUAUGGUAUUGAUGAUCAUGUUAACGAUUGUUAUGAUGUUGGUGCUGACGAUGAUGUGAGUGUUAGUAUUCCACUUUUCUUGGAUUCGCUUCAGUUGGAGGAUCGUCGGGAGACCAUUGAAGAUUUCGAGUGGGAGGAAGUGGAUGGUAGGGUUGAUGAGAGGGAUGUUUUAAGCGUGUUUGUUGAUGGUGAUGAUGAUGUGAAUUCUGUUUCGCUUUCCAUUUCCCCUAUGAUAGCACCUGAAGAUGCGGUUAGUUUCGAGAGGGCAGCUGGGUUGGAAACUUUGGAGUGGGAGGUUCUGUUGAAUGCUAAUAAUUUGGAAACAACCCCCGAAAUGGGUGAGAACGCUGACCCAUUUUUUGCUGAUCGUGAUGACUAUAUUGAUACUGCUGAAUAUGAGAUGCUGUUCGGACAGUUUGCUGAGAAUGAGAAUGCAUUUAUUGGGAAGCCUCCGGCUUCGAAAUCUGUAGUUGAGAAUCUUCCUUGUGUGGUUGUGACUCAGGAGGAUGUUGUGAAUAACAAUGCGCUUUGUGCGGUUUGUAAGGAUGAGGUUAACCUUGGUGAAAAGAUGAAGCAGCUGCCAUGUGCUCAUCGCUAUCAUGGAGAUUGUAUUAUACCUUGGCUGGGAAUAAGGAAUACCUGCCCUGUUUGUCGUCAUGAGUUGCCAACAGAUGAUGCUGACUAUGAAAGGAGAAGGUCCAUAAGAGCUGGACGUGCACUUUAAGGGUAAUGUAUGGUCUGGUGUGAUUUUGAAGCUUUGUUUAGCAUUAGGUUGUUAAGAAUGUAGAUAUUGUUUUUGGGAAGUGUCAAUAUGGAUUUUUAGGAUCUUGUCAUUCUUCACAAGCCUCAUAAGUAUUCUAUAUGUUCUUUUAAUCCUUUUUGUGGUAUAAGAAUGUUCAAUGACUUGAUUAUACCUUCAGGGUUCUUUUGGUUGGAAUAAUUAUCUAUUAUCAUUUUGCUUCAA